AUGCACCUUCAACUCGGUAGUGGCCGGCUACUGGCCCUACUGCGCGGUCUGGAAAAGCGAUCCAACUACGCCUCUUUCCUUGCCGAUUUGCACAAGGCCAAGACAGUCGCGCAAGGAUAUGAAAGUUACAUGGCCUGGAAAUCCAGCCCAUCAAUCAUAGCCAGUGAUGGGUUCAGCGGCUGCAUCGGUCUGAUCAUUGCCGGCAGAGGCGGUGUCAUCAUGGGACACUACUCAAACACGAACACAGAUAUCGCCCGAGCGCAGAGAGAGAUUCCAAAGUUGAUCUCAGCGAAUACUGCCAGUUUCGCUGGGGGAAAGGCCUAUCUGUUUGCUCAGGUUAAGCUUAGAUCUCCCACUACUUAUGUUUCUGAGCCCAAUAACCUCAAAUUAGAGGCUAUUGUUAAGGAUAACUUGGGGCUUUCUACUCAGCGUGUUAAGUAUAUCGAGCCGGAGGACAUGAUGGUUGAUGAUGAUGAUGAGCUCCUUGAUGAUUGCCCUGAGGAGUUGCUGUAUGGUGCUAUGAUGGUCAAGCAUCCUGGUGGUGCCGGUGCGUGGGAAGCGAUCUUUGUUGAUAUGGCCAUGCAAAAGACUGCCGCUGCUAAUAGCUAA